UAAAAUAGAUAAUAGAAACAAAUAUUAGCUAUUUGACUAUUUCCAUUUCCCGCUCUCACAGUCACAUUCUUGCUCACUUCAUGUUCAUGGAUGGCUAUUGCAUUCUCGAUUCAGCAGCGUCUUCUUCCGACGCAUACUGGCUCCUUCUCCGAGUCCUCGCUCUCGUUCCUCUAUGGCAUUACCUUCUCCUCGCAGCGUUCAUUCUCUUCUCCUUCAUCUACAACUUCCUAGAGCUCCAUUUCCUCCAAGACCUCUUCUCCGGAUUCCCAGGCUCCCCCGUGGCUCUCUCCUACAACGCCUCCUCGCAAAUCUACCACGGCGUCGUUUCCAACUGCAAGAUUCUUCACGGAAAAUAUUUCGCCACGCCCUGGCUCUGCAGUCCUCACCUCCAGACUCUUUUCGUCAACUACUUCGGGAGACCUCCCUCAUUGAAAUACACUAGACAACUAUUUAGGACUGCUGAUGGUGGAACCAUUGCCUUGGAUUGGCUAUCGAGUUCUGAUGUUUCUGGCGGUGCUCCCCACGGGGAUGAUGUCGCUUCUGAAGAUGAAUCUAUUCCCAUUGUUGUAAUAAUUCCUGGCCUGACAAGUGACUCUUCCUCUCAAUAUGUCAAACAUCUUGCGUAUUAUACUGCAAAGCGUGGAUGGAAGGUUGUUGUCUUUGGAGGUGUUUCAAUCACGUCUAAUUUUUCUUACAAUGCUGGAUGGACUGAGGAUGUCCGCACAGUGAUUAAUUAUCUCCAUAAAGAGAAAUCCAAGGCGCCUCUGUUUGUUGUCGGAACUAGCAUUGGAGCUAAUAUUUUGGUUAAAUAUCUUGGUGAGGAUGGUGAGAAUAUUCCUGUUGCCGGAGCUGUUGCUGUUUGCUCUCCUUGGGACCUUCUGAUAGGGGACAGAUAUAUACGCCGUGGACGUAUGCAGAAACUUUAUGAUAAAGCGCUUGCAUUUGGACUUCAAGAUUAUGCAAAAUUACACCAGUCUCACUUUUCUCGCAAUGCUAAUUGGGAAGGAAUAUUAAAGUCAUUUUCUGUUCGCGAUUUUGAUGACCAUGCCACCCGGGUUGUUGGGAAGUAUGAGAGUGUGGAUACGUACUAUAGACGCUGCAGCAGUUCUAUUUAUGUGAAAUCGGUGGCUGUUCCGCUUCUCUGUAUCAGUGCUCUGGAUGAUCCAAUUUGUACAACGGAAGCCAUUCCCUGGGAUGAAUGCAAGGCAAAUAAAAAUAUUGUGGUGGCUACUGUAAAGCAUGGAGGACAUCUGGCCUUUUUUGAAGGGAUAACUGCAUCUCAACUUUGGUGGGUUAGAGCUGUAAAUGAAUUCCUUGGUGUGCUACACAGUGGCAAUUAUAUGCAUAAACAGAAGAAGAAUUCUAAAUCAAGCAUAGCAUUGGACUCGUCAAUUGAUCAUGGCCCUUAUGUUAAUGUUACUGAAGAUGGAACUGUGGCUGCAUUGAACAAUGGCCCCACCACAGACAUGUAAUCCAGGAUCUGCGUGAUGAACAUGACAGGGUUUCACUAGAAAAAAGUGUUCAUGAAAAAGAACUUGUGAUUGUGACUAACUAAUGCUAAUUGUGGUGAAUCCCUCUGGCAGUGGACCAACAGUUGGUUCUAUAGAUGUAGUGCCUCAUAAAUCUGUUAAGAAGUAGUAACACGUUGACGUUAUAUAAAAAAGUACAUUAUUUAAAUUAAAAAUAUAUUAUUUUAUUACUUAAUUAAUGUGUUAGUUGUAAAU